GCAUCAUCAUCAGCCAUGCCAUCAUCUACGGGAUCAUCAGCAUCAGCCAUGCCAUCGUCUACGGGAUCAUCAGCAUCAGCCAUAGACAUGCCAUCGUCUACAGGAUCAUCAGCAUCAGCCAUAGACAUGCCAUCGUCUACAGGAUCAUCAGCAUCAGCCAUAGACAUGCCAUCGUCUACGGGAUCAUCAGCAUCAGCCAUGGCAUUGUCUACGGGAUCAUCAGCCAUGCCAUCGGGAUCAUCAGCCAUGCCAUCGUCUACGGGAUUAUCAGCCAUGCCAUCGUCUACGGGAUCAUUAGCAUCAGCUAUGCCAUCGUCUACGGGAUCAUCAUCAUCAGCCAUGCCAUCGUCUACGGGAUCUACAGCAUCAGCCAUAGACAUGCCAUCGUCUACGGGAUCAUCAUCAUCAGCCAUGCCAUCGUCUACGAGAUCAUCAACAUCAGCCAUGCCAUCGUCUACGAGAUCAUCAGCCAUUUUAUCGUCUACGGGAUCACCACCAUCGUCUACGGGAUCAACAGCAUCAACCAUCAGCUAUUUUCCUGAUCUAUAUCCAGACAUCUGUGAAGCCGACAAUGAUACAACCGGAUCGCACGACAAUAACACAACCGGACUACACAGUUACUCGUGCGUCCUGGAGCUCAUACGACAGGUCGGUUGUCGUGCGUCGGUCGGGUCGGCCCUGGUGGGUGACGUUAUGACAGGAAACUCCAGCCUGUGGUCGCUGGCGGACCUGAGGUCGUACUUCAGCCGUGUGAGGGCCCGGGCGGACGCCGGGGACAGCAUGAGCGCUUACGCCUGCUACCAGGAAGGGUGCGACGAUGGCUGGUUCUACAGCCCUGAGUCCGUCUCCAACACGUCCUCAUGUUACCUGCCGGUCACCAACCUGUCAUCCUACCGCAACGCCAGCGACUUCUGCCGCGCACACGGGGCUAACCUGACGGCCAUCAACACUGUCACCGAGGCAGAAUUCCUCCUAUCUCUACUGAAAAAGCAGAACAUCACAGCAAACUGGUACGUUGGCCUUCGACACGAUGGUGUGAGGAACUUGAACGAAACCUUGUGGGAAAACGGUGACUCCUUGCACGACGACGUGAGCACCUGGCUUCAAGAUGGAGUAAACGUCUCAAGUAACCAAAGCUGGUGUCUACAGUUGUGUGGAUCGUGUUUAAGAAGAGAAUCUGCAUGGACAGGUGUGUCGUGUGAGAAGGUAGGAGGAAGUGUCUGUGAGAAGCCGGCCCGGAGCGAUGUGGAUGAGUUCUCGGCCUGUGCCCGCCCGCUGCUCCGCUGCCCUGAGGACGGAAGGUGCCUGACCAGGCUAAACCUGUGCGACGGCGUCUCUGAUUGCGAGACCCUUGCGGAUGAAUCUAAUUGCAGCAUCUGCCAACAGGGUGACUUUGGAAUCUGCCGGGACUUUCUGGACUACAACGUGACGUCAUUUCCGAACGCGUUCGGUCAUCGCAAUAUUACAGAAGUCUUCAGCAACACAUCGAGCGAAUUCUUUGCAAAAAUCCUUAAUAUUUCGUCUCACGAGGCUUUACCCAAAUUUGUUUGUUCCACACUUUUUCCUGAGUGCCAGGCCGGAGGGAUUCGCGUUCUUCCAUGUAGAGAUCUUUGUAAGGAAGCAAAAUCGUCCUUCAAGUCUUUCAAGUCCGAAAUGCAGGUUUUAGGUUUGUCAUGGCCGGAAGUUUGGGACUGUUCUUUGUUCCCAAAAUUUCGGAAAAGUCAAAACUGCUUCAGAGGUAAGCACAAUCCUUUUAACAUUAAUUUUCAUUUCAACCAUCUUACUGCCCCGCCCCCUGUAGGUUACGAUGCCGGCUGUUCCUCCCCUAGUUUAGUGCUUAUCGGCGCGGCUCCGUCGUUUCAGUGUACGGACAUAAACCGAGCGGACCGGCUACAGCUGUCCUCAAAACUCACACUGGAUAACUGCUCACAGAACGUCGAGGUGAGGUACAACUGGACGAUAAAUUACCUCUUGUCGUCGGGGGAGAUGGAAGCCGUCCCCCUACCCUCGGACGUCCGGCUGAACCUGUACGAUGUGUUCGUGCCCGCUGGAGUCCUGGACUACGGUAUCCUCGGCAUCAAGCUUAACGCCACCAUCUGUGGAGACUCCGCCGAAAUUUGCGACGUCUUCAUCGGCGACACCGAUGCGCUAGGUUGCUUCAUGGUCGUGGAUUCGCCCCUGGUGGCCCGGCUUGCGGGCGGAAGUUCCCGGUCGGUCCCGAGCGGAAGUGACGUCACGCUGGACGCGUCAGGGUCACAUGAUCCCGACGCAAACGUCACCAGCGAGGAGCUGACCUACGACUGGGGAUGUGAGCUGGCACCAUCUGGGAGUGACUGCGGGCUUCCUGCAGGUACCCUGGAUCUGGAGACAUCCGUCCUGAAUGUCAGUGCAGCCGACCUGGUGCAGGGUCAAGUCUACAGCUUCUCUGUCCUGGUGUCGUUCACAGGACGCCUCUCGUCUGACCGCGUCACGCAGAAACUGACCAUACUGCAGCCUGAGGUUCCCACAGUACAAAUAAGCUGCAAGUCGAACUGUGACGUGCGCGUGAACCCCUCCGAACGGCUGGUGUUGGAGGCGGGCUGUACCAAUUGCGCCGCGGGGGACAGACUGACGUACGCGUGGAGUCUGAGUCCGGGCGGUCCGACCGAGACGGUUCAGCGGCUGGACUGGGCAAGGACUACCACAGGGAGCACCACACGCUCUCUCGGCAUCAAGAGCGGAACCUUUCUGGUACGUUUUGCGGACCCCGACACGCCUCUGACGUACGAGUUCUCCUACCAGACGGGCGGGGAGAACGUCGCCAGCUUCAGCACCACCGGGCAGGACAACUUCGUCAUUCUGGGCAGGUCUCCGGAGGCAGAACUGGAGGAACAACCUUUACCAGCCGGUCUGGAGUCCAGGAACUAUGCAGUAACCGUCAGAGUCACCGCCAGGGAUUCACUUGGGGCUGAGACAGAAGCUAUCCUCAGUGUGAUUGUGAGGCCCAUUUCGGACGCUGACUUCUCUACCACGGUGAGUCGGCUGAUUGGAGACCAGAGUAGAAUCAGCGAGUCUGCCAGUACAGGAGACACGCAGGCGGUGGUGUCCAUAGCGUCUUCUGUAGGGACAGCUCUCAACGCACAGUCAGGAACGGGAUCGGGAAGCAAGCGAGAUCGAGAAAGGCUACGGGAGGCGCUGUUGACGAGGUGGAUCUCUGACGCAACCGAUACAGUCCGCACGCUAGACACGGUGGAGCAACUGGCGUCGACCAUCAGCGUUGUGACCGCCACUAAGGACGAACUGUCAACAACAUCACAGUUGGGUGGCGCGGCGUCGCUGUCCCGUCUGGCGGUGACGCUGGUGGAGAGGGCCGGGGACGGCGCCGGCACGGACGCGGUGGAAAACGCCGCGAAAACCAUCAUAACAGGUACACUUCCAGUCUCGGUGUUAUAUGAACGUCCUUGUUCUCGCAUCCUCUUUUUGACAGAAAAAAACGGUGCCUGUUGUUUUCCUUUAGGGUUAGUGAACAUCAUGCAGGCAUCGUCUUUGACAUCUUUGGAAGCCCGCGAUGACGGAAACGACACAAGCAAGUCAAGCGUGCUCACACAGACCGGGGCAGCCUCUACCAGCGUGUUCUCCACCCUGCGAAGCUGCACUACUGUAGUCUUCAGCAAGAUGACGACCGGGCAAGAACCUGUUGUCAUCAACGCGGAUGGAUACAACAUGGCACUGCACAAACAGGAGUGCUCCGGUCUGGGGGGCCUGGUAGUCCGGACCUCAACAGAGAGUGACAACUGGUUCAAACUUCCGGACACCGUCACCGCGGACUUAUACGGCAACAGUAGUAACUGUGGGGACGUCGACACAGAGAUGUCUGGCACCAACAUCAACCCUUACGAGUUUGCGGAGUCGUCUGCGGGUGUGAGCAGUCACGUACUCAGUCUCUCACUGUUGGACGUGCUGGGCGAGCGGAACGUCAGCGGACUGAGCCAGCCUAUAGACAUCAUGAUCUCACGGGGCGCCUCUUCUGUCCAGUCCGAGAGAGCAGCGACCGCCCCGGUUGGAUCUGGGCGGCUUAGCGUGCACAAUGUAACGUCGACGUUCAGUGGGAUGUCGGGGAAUUCCUCCAUCUUUAUCCACAUCGAGCCGCUUGUUACGGGUUUCCCCAUCCAUCUGUACCUCAAGAACAGCGUGAACGUUUCUUACGACGAGCACGACAUGAACAUCAGCCUCCCGGUCAGCGCUGCCUUGCGAUAUUCGGUGGAACUGCCCGACAGGACGGAGAGUUCGGACGAUAACACCUGGCUCAUUCAGCCUGAUGAUCUGCUGAGGUUUAACGAGUCAGAGUGGUAUCUUGGCGUGGCCCAUGAAGUACCAUCAGGCACAGGAACCAUCACAGAUUCUGAGGGACAGAACGUCCAGCCUAGCGACUUUAUGCUGAACUACACCAUAACUAUCUUCUCCAGCACGUGCCUGUACUUCGCUGACGAUGAAAACAUUUGGAAGGGAGACGGGUGCCAGACGGGACGACUCACCACGCCCUCCAGAACCCACUGCCUGUGCAACCACCUCACACCCUUCGCCUCCGGGUCCAGUUUCUUCGUGGCGCCCAACUCCAUCGACAUCGUGGCCUCCAUCCUGGCGUUUAGCGACAUCGCGAGUAACCCUGCCGUGGUCAUCACCAUGGCCGUCAUCGUGGUUCUCUACAUCCUGGUCGUCAUCUGGGCGCGCAGGAAGGACAAGAAGGACCUGGAAAAGGUUGGCGUGACAGUGCUGCCCGGAGUGACGGGGUACCGCUACCGCUACAUCGUCACGCUGUACACGGGGUUCAAGAGGUUUGCCGGAACAACUGCCAAGGUUGCCAUCAUAGUUACCGGUGAAGACGGGCAGAGCGAGCCCCACCUCCUGACCGAUCCUGAGCGCCGUGUGUUUGAGACAGCCGGCGUGGACUCUUUCCUCAUCACCACGGCCCAGUCCAUGGGUCCUCUGUCUUCCGUACACGUCUGGCACGAUAACUCAGGAGACAAGCCGUCCUGGUUCCUAGACCAGAUCACCGUGUAUGACCUGCAAGAGGAACAGAAGUAUGUCUUCGUGUGUAACAGGUGGCUGGCUGAAGACGACGAUGACGGCCUGACAGAGCGUCACCUUCCCGUGGCGUCUGAGAGGGAUCUCAAGGACUUCUUCUACGUCUUCUCCAACAGGAUGGCCAAAGAUUUCAGAGAUGGGCACCUGUGGUUCUCCGUGGCCGGGCGGCCAGUCCGCAGCAUGUUCACCCGUGUGCAGCGCGUGUCCUGCUGCCUGUCUCUGCUCCUGUGCACCAUGGUCGUCAAUAUCGCCUUCUUCGGAGUGGCGGACGCCGCCGCACAGAACACGGAGGAAAAAUUUGACGUCGCAGGAUUCACAUUCACAUGGACAGAGCUGAUGAUCAGUGUCCAGUCUGCCCUGAUCGUCCUCCCCAUCAAUCUGAUCAUCGUGCAGAUUUUCCGCAACUUGAAGGUCCGCCCGGGGCAGGAUGGGAGGGAAUCUCCUCUACGUCAUUCGGCCGGAAAAAGACGUCCGGGCGGCGCUGUAGAUACAAGCAAAAUGGACCCUGUCUGUGAACCAAACGCCGCGACCGAUGAGGCUCAGACAGCGAUGUCCACCUACUCCUCACGGUUUAUGGUCAGCGAAGUGGACAUCGGCAGCGUGUGCGGCGAGGAGGAGAUGGAGACAUUACACGAGCAUGCUGAUGAACAGGUGCUGCACCCGCACACGCCGGAACCAACGCCAGUACAAACCACCACCCCGCCUGGGCAACAGAGCAACGUCCGCAUGGCAGAUGAUGUCGUCAUCAGGUGCAAGAGCCUGCCCUCGCUGAAGAUACGCGUGCGCUCCGCCAAGGCACGAAGCUAUACACAGACAGAGAACUAUGCGGACAACAUCCGGGAAGCAGCUCAGCUGAUGGAGGAGCCAGCCAGCAUCACAGACGCACAGACUAACAAUAUUGUUUCUGUUUCAGGCAAAGAACCCCGCUUCCGUCAGAUCAUCCAGCAGAACAAGUCUCUCUUGAAGAGUGAGAUGAUCGCCGAGAAGACUCGGCUGGUGGAUCACCUCGUGGCCAGGAACACUCUGACGAAACUGGAGAAGGAGGCGAUCCAAACUCUCUCCCAGAAAGAGACGGAAGACAAGGUGAACAAUUUCCUGCUGACGAGGAUCGAGCGACAGGACGAAGGGGCGUUCUCUAACUUCUGUGCCGCUCUGACGCACGGGGCGAGACAGGGGUACCUGUCCGAGCUGCUGAAGGCUGGGGACAGGGAGGAUCUUCCAGCCCUACUAGACUACCUGUACGCCGCGGCUCUUCACAUAGCCGGCCGGCCGACAGCUGACAUCAUGUGGAGGGUCUUCCCGCGGCAUCUCGGUCUGUCUGACGACGCCAUCGAAACAUGCCAUCGCCAGAACCGCUUCCUACAACACAAGGUCCUGCACUGCCUCCUCAUGUGGUACAUCAACCAGGGAAGACGGAGGACGCCUCUAGAGGUCAUCCACCUCCUCAACUCCGUCCACGAGAAGACGAAGUGUUCCUGCAAAGCGGCUUGGAUAUGGAAAGUCAACUCGAAGGGGGAAGCAGUGCCCGAAAGCGCAAAUGUUGAUGAUUCUCUUGUUGACGAGGCGUCCCAAGCAAAGCCAGAAACGUCCGGAAUUGAGGAGUAUGAGAACACAACAUCCAGGGGGAAAGACACCGAAGAUGCGACAUCGUCUAUCUCCUUCGGCACCCUUGAGCUUGACAUGCCGCCCAGACCCUACUCAGCUGGCGAAAUCCGGACCUCAGCGAGGCUGUCCAUGGGGGAUUCUGGACAGCCUGUUACGAGGCUGGCCAUGGGGGGUUCUGGACAGCCUGGUCUUCUAAUUAGCUCCGCUAGCAAGAUCCGACCGCCUGCAACUCUAGAUCUCUCCCAGCUGCCAUCUAGCGACAGAGUCUACCAGCGCGAGACGUCCCUCAGCUCGUAUCGGGAAGACACGUCGGACGGGUUUUUCGAGAUCCAGUUCAGUGAACCCGGAAGUGGGAUGGACGCUGAGGCGGGAAAUGACGUCAUGCAGGAUUCGAAGACGGUGGAAUUUAGGGACUUUCUGAAAAGUGCAGACGGUGAUACAACAUCUUCAGUUAUCACAAACACCGAAAAGAAGAAGGAACCGUUUCUCCUGCCUUGGUGGUUUCUGUUUGUUGGCUGGUCCCUGGUGCUGGUUGUGUGUCUAGUCUCCGCCUUCUUCACCCUUCUGUACGGUAACAGUUACGGGAAGAACAAGGCCGAGGCCUGGCUGCUGACGUUCUUCACGUCCUUCCUGCUGGACGUGGUGAUUCUUCAGCCGGUUAAAGUCUUGGUGGUGGCGGUCGUGCUCGCCAUUAUCGUUAAGAGUGUCGAUACUGGAGACGAUGACGCCGUGACAGCGAAGCUGGGACAGGAUGAAGAGUUUCUGCACAUCGCAUCUGCGGAGAAACUGGCUGCCGCCCGGCAGCUACGCGCUAAACAGCGGCAGAUGUACUCUGUCAUGGUGGAGGUCAUUUUCUACCUGCUGUUCGUCUGGGUCACAGUUUCCAUCGCUAACGGACACAGGUCCGAAUCCGCCUUCCUUCAGAACACCGACAUCAAAGAGACCUUCCUGGCUCCGGUCACUGAGGACGACGGUUUUCUAGAUAUUGGGAACCUGGAUGACUUCUGGGGGUGGCUGGAGGACGGGCUGUUACCCGGCCUGACAGAAGAAUGGUACAACGGCGCCACCGUCGACGACAGCGCCUACACGGCUGGACUCGUCCAUUAUCUGGUGGGGGUGACCAGGCUCCGUCAGAUACGUGUACGAUCAGACGCCUUGUGCACCAUUUCCCCCAGUGUUGUCAGCAUUCUUGACGACUGUAACGUGGAGUAUAGCUGGGACAAUGAAGACACCCGCCCUAUUAACAACCGCGGCGUCAACCAGACCACGUCUCCCUGGGUCUACCAGACAUCUGCAGCGCUAAACGGGUACCCGUUCUGGGGUACCUUCGCCCUGUACUCAGGCGGCGGUUACGUUGCAGAGCUCGGGACGAACUCCAGAGAAAGCUCCGCCAUCAUCCAAAACCUGAAGGACAACGCUUGGCUGGACGACAACACUCGGGCCGUCCUGGUGGAAUUCACCAUGUACAACGCUUACGUGAACCUGUUCUCUGUGGUGACGCUUGCCCUGGAGUUACCGGUGUCCGGGGGCGUGUUCCCCCGCGCGGACAUACAGACUGUCCGCCUGUAUAACUACACGUCCCAGUACACGCUCUACAUCCUGGCGUGCGAGAUUCUCUACAUCUUCAUGCUGGUCUUCUACCUGUACAGGGAAGUGAAGGAACUUCGUCAGAAGAAGUGUCAGUACCUCAGUGAGUUUUGGAACUGGGUGGAAGUACUGGUGGCCCUGCUGUCCCUGUGUGCGGUGGGACUGUUCGCGUGUCGGAUGGUCAUCACUGACAGGGUCACGGCAUAUCGCAGGAGCAACCCCGGCAGAUUCGUCAACUACAGUGAAGCGGCAUUUUGGGACGCUGUGUACGGUUACGUCAUCGCCGUCAUCGUCACCCUCGUCAUCGCCAAGUUCGUCAAACUGCUCCGAUUCAACCGCCGGAUGUCUCUCAUAGGAGACACGAUCAAACACGCUGCGCCGAAAGUCCUGGGUUUCGUCGUCAUCUAUAUCGUGGUCAUCAUGGCGUUCGCACAGGCGCUUUUCCUGGUCCUCGGGAACACGUCGGAAAGCUUCGGCACCUUCCUGAGCUGUCUGGAGACGCUGUGGAACAUCCAGCUGGGAGAGUUCGAGUUUAGCGACUUCUGGGACGGGCACUGGCUCCUCGGCCCGACCCUCUGGUUCUGUUACGUGGUGACGUCCAACUGCAUCCUGGUCUUCACGUUCGUGGCCAUCAUGAUGGACAGUUUCGAGCGCGUCAACGCCAACAUCGGCAAACAGUCCAACGACCACGAGAUCGUGGACUUCAUGGUCAAACAGUUCAAGGACUACAUCGGAUGGAAGAAGGAGAAGAACAAGAACAAGAGUAACAUCAUCUCGCCUGGUCCAGGUCCGCAGAGCUCUGACGAUCUGACAGAAGAAGGAAAACAACCCAAGUUGACAAAGAGUCGAGAAAGUUGGGUAGAUGUCAAGAGUCAAGGAAAAGCAGAAGAAGAAGAGGAAACUUUUGUAGAAAACGAAGAUGAAAAGAACAUGAAAGACCCGUUCUAUUGCAUAUUAUAG